UGCACAUAAAGUUGCUGAGAGCAAAAGAAUCAAGUAACAAAAUAGUGGAUAGCACAUAAGUUAUUAUUAAUAACGACUUUUUUAGGAAAAAAUACUUUAUUGAUGUAAAUUAAGUUGGUGUAUGUAAAUCUACGGUUAUUUUAUGAGUUACCGUUGCAAAAGCAUUUCAUUGAAAAAAUAUAUAGUCCUAGCGAAGCAGUGUGUGGAAAAAUCAAUAUUUUCCCAUAACAGACAAAAGUACCAAGAGUAAUAUAAAUAUCAAAAAAAAAAUAACUGUUACAAAAAUAAAUUAAACAAUUGAAGUAAAAUGGGAUUAAUGAAAAUAAGUGAAAACAACAAUAUCAAAUCAAUUCGCAUUUAAAAAUUGGAACUUGCUACAUCAUAUACAGAUUACUAUAAUCGCAGCUACCAGAAUGAUAUCAUGAAUAUAAUAAAACACAUGUCAACCGUAGAAUCUUAACCAAAUAUACAGAUAAUUGUUUACACGCCAAAAUCAAAGGAUUAUCCAACUGUACCCCUCAGCUGGGUAUUUCAACCGUAUAUUAUUUCUGUGCAUUUUAUGUUUCGUAAUCGCUUUUUAAUGGGCGUCGCGAUCGGUCCCGGAACACGUCUUCUGCGACAAACCACGGAAAUCGCUAUAUUCCUCCUAAUUUUUACUCAGAAUGUCCCACACAUCAGCUGCAGUUCCAAAGUUAUCGACUCUAAAGUCGGAGAUGGUUAUGCAAGUUGGGCUGCCACACAGGCAACAGGUGUAUUUGGCAAUCCAUUCACCGUAAAACCAGCAACAGCAGAAGUCGAUACGCAUCGCUUGAAAAAACGAAUGGAUUUGGAACUAUGUUUGGGCAAAUAUGAAAUCCACAAAAACACUAUUAUUCGCACAGGCGAAUCACAAACACUUGGUGGCAAGUACUUACAAGGUCUUGAGCUCGACACCACUGAGGAAUGUCAACGUCUCUGUUGCGAAACGGAAUCCUGUGACGUUUAUGUCUUUGAAGAUAAAAGUGACGGUUAUUGUUACCUUUUCGAGUGUGGUCCACCCGAGAAUUUUCAUUGUAAAUUCACUCGCCAUACUAAUUAUACCAGUGCUGUGCUGACAGUCGCACACAAUUUGAAUGAAAAGACUACAAAAGCCCCAAGUGCAACAGAAAUGGCUGGUACCAAAAAUUUUUCGCAACAAGAGUGGGAAUUAACACGUUUAAAAGUAAAACCUGAAACGCAUGAUAAAAUAACAUCUGGAGCAGUUGGAUCGGGAAAGGUGCCUGCAGACAUUUCCACAGUAUAUAUGGUAGGAAUGCCUGUCACCGCCACUUCUAGAGGAAACACGAAUAUAUUGGCAACAGCGGCACCAGAACCCAUGCUAGGAGCAGACCGAAUACCGCCAAUGAGCUUAGCUUUUCCACAAAAUGUGUAUCCACCCCAUUGUGGACGUUUUCAGUUCCCCUGUCAUUCCGGCGAAUGUAUUGCUGUCUACAAUGCCUGUGAUGGUAUACCGCAAUGUGAAGAUGGUAGUGACGAAGGACCAGAAUGCUCAGGAGCUACCUCAACGGCAAAAUCGGAAGGUGACACUGCCUCCGCGAUCAAUGUAGAAACUAAAGGUCAAAAGUUUGCUUCAGUGCCCCAAUAUCAGUCACCUCCUCUACAAGAUGUCGCAAAAUCACAAUUAAUCUCUAUGUCACAAUUACAUCAACGACAACAGAAGCAGAGGCAGCAGAUAGCUCAACAAAACCUGUCUGGGGUUGCCUCUCCGCUGAUAAAUAAUCGUGAGGAUGCUGCGGCUUGGGAAACUCGAAAAGCGGUUAGUCCCCGUCCGCAAGAGCAAGCAAUAAAUGAUGAUAUGAAAAAUCGCAUCUUCAGCCACAAAGGAGGAAUACAAGUGCCGACAACAGGUGUAAAUGCCAACAAUAGUCCCAAUAGUGUGCAGACCAACAGUUAUGCUAAUACAGAUAUAAACAACAAUCCAAACAUCAAUUUGAAUCCAGCUUAUAACACUGUAACUUUGCAGCGUAACGGUAUUUACGUACCUCAAAUAACAGAUUUUACAACCGGCGAUAUGUACGUACCGCAACAGCAACAACAACAGCAAAUUCCACCACAACAACAAUAUGUCGUACCAGUUGCUAUGAUGCCGUCGAAUGUGCAGUGGCAAAUUCAACAGUCAAAGCAAAUGGUCCUUACACCGCAAACGCACAUUCCACAACAACAACAAUCACUGCCAUUACCAUUGCAGCCGCGACCACCUUACAAUAUAAACUUAGGCGAUCAGCAACAACAAGCAGAUCCGGUAACAGCCAAGGAAGCCUCUGAACAGUCUGUAAGAUACGUAAAUGCUCCCGCAGUAGUGCCGUCGCUACAACACAAAACAGAAUUAAUUGAUUCUCAACAACAGUCAGUGGUACCUGUGACAUUACCGAAUGGGUCGCUAGUUGUUUCAAAAUCUAUAUCAGGAGAAUCUAAUACUAUACAAACAGCAGCAUCUAACGUCAAAGUUAAAGAGCAAAAUAUUGAAUACGAGGAGGAAGAAAUGUCAACAUAUCCACCAAAAAAGAAGCAAAAAUAUCUUAAAAUGACCAACCUUCCGAAAAGUGAAAAGGUUAAAAGUCAGCUGGAUCCAAUAGAAUUAACUCUUGAAGAACAAAGACAACGUGUUAUUGUCCCUUCCCCCGUGCACGAACAAUAUAAAUUAAUACACGACAAUCUUGGUUUCGAAUUUCGAGAUCAUGACGGACAAUCUGAGCGACCGGGUGGUGCUAUGCUGUCUUUAACGCUUGGUUUACUUGUCACAGCAGCUCUGGCCAUACUGAUUGGCUGCCGAAUGCGUACAGUCGGUCGACGCACACGUCGUAUGGGUGGAAAGGCGCCUUAUUCGCAUGAGGCAGAUUUCUUAGUAAAUGGAAUGUAUUUGUAAGGAAAAGAUCAUAUAACAAAAAUUGAGAACUAACAUUUUAGAUUCUCCAACACACUAACCUAGAGCGGCUGUGGUGAUUCUAGCAAAAAAAAAUACCUAGAAGAGAUUUUCAUAUUAACAAAUGAGUGAUUUAUUUACAUUCUGAUAAAGACCACAUAGCUAUAGCCUCAUUACAAACACUAUAUAUGUACGAGUAUAUACUUACAUAUAAUGGCACCCAAGCCAAAUAUGUAAGAAAUUGAAAAAUUUUCGUUACCUGCAAGUUUCGGAUGUUGUGGUAGAAACAUUAGAUAUACAUACGAGUACGAGUACAUAUCGCUCAUUUGCAAGACCGGCAUAAAUCAAAAAACGUGAUUUUUGAGUUAAUGCUGCAGAAUUGUUCGUUAUAGCAUACUUCAUGUUGAGUGAAAAAUUCAUAUGAAUACCUCUUAUAUGCUCCGCUUGAGAAGAGGUGUAAGGUUGGAGUCACCGUGUAAGGUUGUAGUCAGUUGAAAACUUUAAACGCGUUUUCUGGAGAAUCGUUUUUUUUACUUAUGCCGGUCUUGCAGCAAAUGAGCGAUAUGUAUGUAUGAUAACAAAGUUGAACUGCUAUGGAGAAAAAAGAAAACAUACUAUAACGGCACUGAAUUAACGGUAAAAUUAAAUAUUACUAAAUUAUUAAAAAUACAUAUAAAUUCGAUAUUAUUUAACAUUUUUUUACUUUUGGAAACAAUAAGAAGUUAACUUUUACUAUUGAGCUGUUAAAAUCAGUAGAACUUGUUAAUCUCAGGGUUGUAAGGAAAAUUUAUUUCUGGUACACUUGUAUUGUUAUAUUCCACAUAGCGCAUAAAAAAAAAUUUUGUUUUCAAUUUCAUUACAAUUUAAUAGCUCACCUAGAUACCUAUGUACAUAUAGGCUUGUGUAGAGAGAGUAGAAGGCAAUUCCCUCACCGAUAUAAGCAAAGCUUGUGCAAUAAAUAUCCACCGUGCCGUAAUUAUUCGAAAUAACGGUCGUAACUAAAAUGUUAAAUAUUGUUUUGUACGAAUGAAUUUGCACACGAAUAAAUAAUAUUUCACUUGUGUAAGAUAGAUAUUGCAUAUUCUACCACUUAUCACAUUAUACAUUUUAAAAGGUAUGUUUCAUAACAGUCGAAUUUUGUCAACGAUGCCAAUUCGGCAAUACUGUAAUCGAAAUUAUACAAAUUUCCCACAUCAUUUGCAGUGUAAUACCUUGUGAUUAGUUCAAGCCAAAUUUUUACCCAUUCCAUAAAAUCACUCCUUAUCAAUUACUAGAGGACCCGUCCACGCUUCACUAUGGCUGAUACAUAAAUAAUACUACUACUACCAUCUAUAUGAUUUCUAUUAGUUGCCUUAUAAAUAUUAGUUAAUAAGAUAUAAUAUUUUGUGAAGUUGUGUGUUAGUUUACAAAAAAAUGGAUCAUAAAGCAUUUCGUGUGUUAAUAAAGCAUUUGGCUUUUUGGGGAAAAUACUGUUGAAUUUGGGCUCAGGGAAAUCCACCGUUGAAAAGAUAUUUGCUAACCUAAAAACAGCCGAAAUGAGCAAAGUGGGUGCCUCGCAAGUUCAUAAUCCAACAAAAACAACGAAUAACUGAGUGCUCUGUAAUCGGAAUAAAGCCGAAAUUUUUCGUCCGUGAUAGAAACAUAGCUCCAUCAUUUCCCACUGAAGUCCAAUCGACAGUCAGUGUAGUGGACUGUACAUGAUGAACCUUAUGAACUGGUUCUCAGGCGUGGAAAAACGAAAAAGGCGGCGGGAAAGGUUAUGACAUCAAUCUGUUGGGAUGCACGUUGUAUAAUACAUACUCAACGACUGAUUACUGAGUCAGUUAUAAUCUAUUUCAAUGCGUUGCAGUGCUUUUCUUCUAUUCCAAAUAUUUAGCAAUUGUAUUAUUUUUGAGAAGACGCUGUUUAAAAUUGUACGCAUAUAUUCAAAUGAUCCCUACAAACAUAAAUUUUGAACAAAUGCUUAUGAUUUGAAAUAUAAUUUUUGUAUUUAUGAAUUGUAUUAAUCUUUGACAUAAAGAGAUAAAAGGUAUCCUAUGUCCUUACCCUGGUUCUAAGCUACCUCUCCACCAACUUUCAGCUAAAUCGGUUCAGCCGUUCUUGAGUUAUAAAUGGUGUAACUAACAUCAACUUUCUUAUAUAUAUAUAGAUAAAUAACUGAAACUUGGCUUUCGUUAGCGCAAUUUAUUUUCAUAAGUACAUCUGAAAUUUUCAGUAAUCGAAUCGCUACUUUUAGUCUUAUAUUCCAUGUUCAAACUUUUAGGUUCGUACAAACUAUCAGAUGGAUUUUUACGUUCAAACGAUUUUCGAAAACCUUUCUUUGCUUUGUGUGUACUUUGUCAGUGCGAAUAUUUCGAGAAAUCGAUAUUAUUUUGCAUUAUCGGAUAGUAUACAUAUGUACAUAUGUACACUGUAAUAAGUAUUGUCUCAAAUUUAAAAAUCGAAAUUUAAAUUACUACGGUCGCUACAGCGUUUCUUGUAGAAAGUGAAUGGAGUCCUUAACAUAGCGACUCCAAUCUUUAAACUUGUUUUUCUCAGAAUGGUGUUUUUCCAAACGGUUUCCAUUCUCAAAAGAAGAGUUUUGAACAUAUCUAGUUCCACUCUAGAGAAAACAAUUUUAACGUCAAUCGGUAUCGCGCUAUGGAAGCUUUUAUUUUAUUCGUAAUUCGUUUUAUUCGCCUUUUUUGUAUUCGUAAUGAAUGUAUUUAUUUAUAAAAAAUCUAACCGAUUAUUUAAUUUGAACAUCAAAAAGAAAUCGCAGAAAUCAGUGAUUUUUCGGAGGGUCACAGUGAGACGAUCCCUCAAGUAAAUAAAAUAUUUGUAACUCGUUUGGUAAUUUGAAAAUGUAGGUCUUUCCUAGAAAAUACGUUUUACUCUACAGUUUUCAUCUAUAUUUAUGGUUAUUUAUAUUUACGGUUAUUUAUAUUUAUACAUCGAUUUUAUGACAGUCGCUUUUUAUAGACCACUCAAAUAUUUUUAACUGUACACCUACAUGCAUAUCGUCACCUGAAAUGCAAAAUCAUCAUCAAAAAAAUCGAAAUUGAGUGUCUUAUUGAUUACGCUUCAUUACUUCAAAUUACAUUCAUAAUAUUACAUAUGUAUGUACAUAUGUUCAACAUUUUCAGGUUCUGCGCUCCGAUAUACCUAAACCAGUUUUAACCAAUAUUAAAAUUUUUUUCAAUCAUGUUCCAUGUAAAUUUCCGAAACUGAUGUUACGUUAUUUUGUA